AUGUUUACCUGGACUGUUUAUAUCUCAAUAUUAGUUGUGCUAGCAGGUACCAUCCUGAUGCAUCGCAAUUCGAAUGCUGAUAUGAUUGAUAGUCUUGAACGAGAGGUAAAUUUGCCCAUACCUGUACAACCAGGUCCACCCUUUCCACUUGUUACUGAGUAUUGUGAUAUUGUAUGUGGGUUUGGGCGUGGAUCUGCUGAAUUGGGUAUCCCUACUGCCAAUGUGCCCAUAGGACAGUUACCUAGGCAAAUGAACGAUUUAGAUUUGGGAGUUUAUUUUGGGUUCGCUCAUAUUAAACCUGCUGAACACAGAGAACCCUCAGUGGAAACAAGGCAGGAUGGCAGAACCGUGGUUUAUAAUUACGGCCAAUAUCUAAGUGAGGUCAACGGUGAUUUGGACGUACUUCCCAUGGUGCUUUCCGUAGGGAAAAAUCCAUUCUAUGGAAAUGAUUUCAAAACUAUGGAAUUGCAUGUUCUUCAUGAUUUCAAGAAUGAUUUUUAUGGGGCUAAGGUUAAAUUCAAUAUCCUGGGUCACAUUAGGCCUGAAUUAAACUAUACUACUAAGGAAGCCUUGAUCAAAGAUAUCAAUAUCGAUAUUAAGACUGCGCAGAGCGUUCUGGUUACUUCGCCGUAUCAAACAUUCAAACGCCAACUUUAG